CGACAGACUAUUCUCAUUCUAAGACGAUGACAGUCUGAAAACAACAAUACUAUGUAAUAGUGAAUACCAUAUUUUGUAAACCCAAUUUGAGUCGAGUCGAAUCGAAUCGAAUUGAUUUUUUGAGAGCAUGGAAAAUUCCUAUUUCCAGGAAAUUCAAAAUGCGCUACAUACUAUAAUAAACUAAGACGUAGAUAAAGAAGUGUAUACAAACGAUGGUUAUCGUUUAGAUUUCUAUCAAGCUAUAUCAUACAUUUUAAUAUAAUGUAAGAGUCAUUUAUAUAUCAGUAUAAAUUCUGUCUAUAUCCAUAUGAAUAUGUAUAGGUUGUAUACAGAUUUGGUGGGUUGGGUUGGGUUGGGACAAGAAAUGAUAAAUAUAUCUCUAUCAAAUACAUAUGUUGUAUAUCAGUGAAUUGCAAAUUUAUGGCACAGUUGAAGUUUAGCUGUAUUUUUUGAAUAGCCUUUUUCCUCUUCAGUCGAUUUGGACAAUUUUUACUGGGUAGUAGUCCCUAAGUGUCCCAGUUCUGUACAAAAUUUCAUCCCUCCAUCUCAUACUAUAGAUUACUUAUGAAAGAUGCAUUGCGAAAAAGAACGUCAUUUUUUGAUGACGUGCACCAAGAAAGAGAAUAAUUGACGACAAGAAAUUACAAAGGAAUAAAUACGAACAUCAAAGUUUGUUCACCAUUCAGUGUUCUAUUGAAAUAUAUUAUUGGUUUAGAUUUUAUACAUUCUCCAUUCACUUGUCUAACGUUCAUAUAGUUUGACAGACACUUCUAUAUUUUUCUGUAGAGCGACACAAAUACUAAUCCGGCUUCUAUUGUUGUAGAGCUAGCGGUUUCAGACUAUAAGAUAAGAAAGAGAACUUUUCAAGUAACAAACUGGUAAAAAAUCUGUUUAUUUAUCAAUUGUAUUUCUGACCACAAAUAGCAGAACUUUUGAAAAAAAAAUCGUUAUACUCACUUGGUAGAUUGACAUUUUGAUAAUUGUGCAUUUUAUAACUCCCGAACAGUUGUCUCAUUUUGGCUGAAAUUUUUACAGAAGAUACAAAACAAAAAUUCUGUAAGCGAUCAAAAUUUCAGUCCUCUAUCAUGCAAUCACUGUUCAAGAGAAAUUUACAAUAUACUGAAAAAUUGUAGAAGACCCUCUUUUUGCAGAUACUUCGCGUAUAUUUGAUUUGGAAACAUUUUUCUAAGUAUUUCUUAACUCAACAGAAUACAUCUUUCAGAUUUUGUUGGUUUGUGCUUUUUUCUACUGUUUAUUCUAUAUGUAAAGUUGAAAAGCCGAUUUCAGUUUUUCUACAGCAUAAAAUGAAUCUAAUUAAAGAAUUUUAUCAAAUUAAACUGUAUACAUCAAUACGAAGCGUACAUAUUUUCUUAAAAAUAACUGCAAAUUCUUAAUCUUCAUCGAAACCUGAAUCUAUAGACAUAUUAUUAAUACAUUUUUUUGAUGAAACGUUUUUGGAGAAAAACGACGAGGGGUACCACAAGCAAAAGCUUGCAAAAUGUUUUUUACGUUCAAAUAUUUCAAUUUAUAUACAAGUCGACGGCGAUCAUGAAGCUGCGCUUAUUUUUAUGAAAAUAUGUACAUAAUGAAUAAAACUCGUGACCUACGACCCCAAUUUGGCAUAAAAACAAGAAAUUGCAAUAAAUUCAUGUGUACGAAAUGUGUUAUGACCUAUUAAUUAUACUAAAAAAUUCAAUUUUUGAUACGCAUUGUUUUGGUAUAUAACACCUCGUGCUAUCAUUUAUAGUUUAAAUUCAAGAGAGCAUUGCCAUGGUUUUACAACGCCUGAUAGAAAAGUCAUAUGUUUGUAUAAAGCAUAUUUCCGUUAAUAAUGGCUAAAGUGUCGGGAAAAUUUUAUGCAAUAACUGGCAUAGAGUAUAAUAAAAUGCACUAUUCGAAAAGUGUUUAGCUUUACUUUCAUUUUUUUUUGUCAAUCGUACCAAAAAGUUGCAAGUCACUCAUAUAUAUUGAUAUGAACUCUCUACUUUCAUCUGUAACUGAUUGAAUAAGAUGAGAAAAUUUUAUUUUCAUCGUAAUGACAACUACUUAACGAACGUAACUAUGCAUGAAUCAAACCCAGACAGUUUGGGUUUGGUAAGUUUGGUCUAAUAAAUUUUAGUUUGGAGUGUGAACCAUGCCUAAAUGUGAGUGUUCUAGUUAGUUUGGCAUUCAGCUACAGUCGCAAAAUAUAGUACUCAUAUAUCGUUCAUGCUUUUCAUUUUGUACAAUACAAUAAGUCAAUUUUUUAUGUAUCAGCACACUAUUGACAUCUAUCAUGUGAGUAAUGAGUAAAAAUGGUGUUGUGAUAUGAAACUCAAUAUCUUCUAUUAUACUUUAUGUUGCUGAAAAGAAUCCUGCUAAUUCAUGUUAUUUUUAAUAUAAAUCAAAUGUUUCUGAUGAUAUUUGACUAAAGCAAUUAAUUUUAUUAUUGGCUUAGGUUCGGAUAAAAGCGGUUUAAUUAAUAUUGUUCAAUCUUGUUGUAAGACAUGUGAAAAUCUAUUUCCCGAAGCUUUUGUUAACGAUGGAAAAAAAUCAGUUAUUCAUGAUAUCACAGGUGCAGGUUUAAACAAAGAAUUAUCCACUGGAAGCAAAUUCUUGCUCAUGCAUGAAGCCGAUUCUAAUUUAAGUAAAUUAGGAUUCUACCAAAAUGCGCAAAUGGGUAGUUCCUCAAAUCGUUCGCUUUUGUGUGAAGCUUUUGACGGUUUUUCUGAGUCAUCGAAAACGACAGGGAUGUACGAGUUUUCUAUAAAAGAUUCUCGUUUAUCACUGCUUGGUGCAUGUACUGGUGGCUCACUUCAUUUGUUAUUGGCCCGCUACACGGUUCAUAAGAUAUCGGACGGCUGUGACAAUCGUUUUUUAUAUCAUUUUAUUGAAAAUAAUCCAACUCCUUAUGAUUUAGUAAAGAAAUCUGAUCGAUUGUUACCAUCAUUGCAGCAAAUAUUUGUUGUUGUUCAUCUGAUUGGACGAGUAGUGUAUACAUUUAUUGAUUCUUUAGGCAAUGAUGAAGCACAAAGAUACUAUGCUACUAAAGGUCGUUACUAUAUUGAAGAAGGCCAGCGAUUAUUUCGUGAACGACAACAACCGCACCUGCAAUCGUUUUAUUCGAAAAGUGCAGAAAUAUUCCCAAGACUGUGUGUAAAUAUGCAGCGGUUUUUGGAUGCCAUGUUGGUGUUGUUGGAGAUGAAAAAACAUGGAGAUUUAGAAUUUUCUCAAAUGGUUGAUCGAUCAUUUGUUAACACGGCAACAAGAUAUGUAGAAAGGUCUUUAAGUUUGUUAAAACAAUCUGAUGGUGUUGUUAUUAGUACCGUUACUUUGGAAACAUGUCAAAUUACGGCAAAUUUAUAUGACAAUUAUUUGUUUAAAACCACAAUGGGUUUGCUUAAUUUAGAACGCUCAUCAACUCAAUUAAGUAUGCCGUCAAAUAACUUUCGAAAUUUGCUUGCAGAAAAACCAUCGGUUGAAAAACGUUUAUUACAACUUCCAUUCCAGUUUUUUCUUCGGUCUGAUUUGAAGCAGCCAACAAUUAAUGAAAGUGGAAGGAAAACGAAUGCUCCAUUCCAUCAUAUUGAUAGUAAUGAAUUAAACAAUAUAUUGAAUAAAUUAGUCGAACAACAGCUAUUAAGUAUUGGUAAUUUUAUCUCGCGUCCUAAGGCACAGCCUACUUUUUCGUACAUGAAAAAUCCCAUACCCAAUGAUCCAUAUCAACAGGAACUAUUUCUUCUGUGA